AUGGGAAGGAAGCACGAAAAACACAUUGGCUUGCUGUUCUCACUGGCGUUUGUUUUUCAGGUAUGUAUCCAAUGCUUUUACUUGGAUCGAUGCGCUGCACGGUUUACGGAUAGUGCAAAUUUAUCAUUUAUUGUUUCACUGUAGAUUUUGUUGCAGGUUUUGACACUGCAAGGAGCUGUUUGUCAUCGAACUCGAGGUAAAUUAAAACGCAUUUUCGAACCAUUUCAAGCACAAGUUGUGACUGCUUAGCACCUUAUUUACCAAAAAGGCAAACCAUUACUGUUUAAUGUAUUCUCAAAGACGUCUUUAGUGAAUGAAACACUUAAAUUUAGAACAAAAGUGACCCAAAAAAUUAAUAAGAUUAGUUAAAAAGGUUAUUUUUCGGCACUGUGAAGAUAGUCUAAUUUAACUAGUGACAGAAAAAGUGUUAUUGAUUGUCGCAAAAAGGUUAACUGACUGUACAGAUUAUAUUUCUAAUUACGUAAUAUAUAGGAAGAGUUUUCUACCUCUGUCUACAUUUACAGUAGGGGAGAUUUUACCCGAUUCGUAACGAAAUAAUUGUCAGUGAGCUUCAGUGUGAACGCAUUCCCGGAGAUUUUGAAUCUGGUACCUUAAAUGAAAAUUUUGUCUCCGAAUCAGAAUGUUCUUGGAUUAAUUGAAGUGUGUCUCCGAAUCAGCGAAAAGUAAAAAAAACAGGAAACAUUUAUGAAUUCGGACAAAUAUCCUCCGGUGUAAAGUGCCUAGCUUUAGCCCCGGCUGGCAGCGAGCUCUGAAGGCUUGCCUAUGUGCAAACUACGCAUUGACAGGUACAAAAUGACCCGAUAAUAAUUUAAAAGCUCUAAAAAUGCAAGGCAAACUUUGCGAGACUUGACCAAACAAGGGCAGACGAUUUCAUUUGCAUUCUUUACAAAACAUGAAGAGUUAUAUCGAAUACUCUAUUAGCGUCUUUUUUUUCAAUACUUUUGACUCACAUAUUUUCUUUUACGGACACGUUUAUGACCAGUGUAAAAUCCACCUUUUAUUCAGUUCAGGAAGAUAAAGGACAUUGGAGUGUUGGUUUGCGAACUGCAUUCAUCUCACCUGACAUAAGAGGCCAGCAUUCUUUAAGGCUUACCCAUUUCAGACACGUGGUGUCCGGUUUAUGGCAAAUAUAAAUAAAAAAGUGCGGCCAUCCUUGCCACUUUGUACUAAAGGUUAUACAUUUUAUUUAUUGAGUUGUUAAUCUUGGCCAAAAGAGGAAGUAUCACCAGGCUUGCCCGUUCUCACUGAUUAUACGCUUAGAAGAUUGCAGAAAAUGUUUUAAAAUAAAUCCCUUCUUUCAAAUGGGUCUAUGAUCAAAAUGUAAGUAUUGAGAAAAGAUUCUUCCAAGGGAAGGUUUCAAAAGGUUUUAAUGACUUAGAUUUUAUUUUUAAUUCCAGUUCUUCAAUACUGCAAUUUCACAACAAAGCCAGCGGCGCUUUUCCCAUUCAAUGAGUACUACAACACCUACCAGGAGAUUAUCCAAGGAAGUUUGCACGCUCAUUUCUCGAACACCCACUUUGUCCCCGGGAUCGAAGGUGAACCCGGCGGUGCAGUACGACUCGAAGGGAAUCAAAACUCCUACAUCGAGAUUGAAUCAAACAAGCAAGUACAAUUUGAACAAUCAAUGACUAUUUUGCUUUACAUUAACCCGACUCGAAACCUACCUGGGCCCCUUGUACAUUAUAAUGCUAUCGGCCAUGGUGUGCAGCUUUGGGUCCAGGGGAAUGCAGGUGAAAAAGGAGAGCUCAUGGCACGGUUCAACAAACGAAACCUGGAUACAACCACGCGGUUGAGAGCUGAAGUGCUUAACUUAGGGCAAUGGAAUUUCGUUGGCGCCUCGUAUGAUCACGUAACAGGUUAUGCCACCCUUUACCAUGAUGGUUUGGUAGUCCAGAGAAGGCUUAUUGGCAAGAAUCUGUAUCUCGCCACACGUUACGAGAUUCGGAUUGGAGCGGUAGCCAUUUCUUCCUUAGGUUCCUUCAAUGGAGAAGUUGCAUGUUUGCAGUUCUAUUCCAAGGCACUUGAACCAAGGGAAGUUUUUGAAGGAAAAGACGCUUGCAAACAAGGUUUGUAAAGGUGAAGAUGUUGUAGAUAUAAUCAGUUCAGGUUACUGAAACCUGUAUUAAUUCUUGUUUAAUUCAGAAUUGCUCAUAAGACACGAAGGAAAUUUCUUAGGACGGAUUUUACCUACACCACACUGAGAAAUGAACAGAAAGAUGAAAGCACUUAUUUCGCUUCUCGAGGGAUCAAGUUAAUUGGGCUUCGAGUAUUUCUUUCCAGAUCAUUAUUAAUUACUCUGUUGAGGAAAUUAGAUAAACCACGAACAUUUUAGGGUUAAUACCCCUAGCAGUGAGUUCGUGAUUUCAGUGGCCAGAUUAUGGAACCCACGUUGUGGAACACUAUAACCGGACUAUGUAUGGACUUCUUUUUCAAUGCAGAUACCUCGUCAACCACUCCAAUAGACUUACCAAAACGUGCCUAAUUAUAUUCUACGUAAAGGAAUCGUAGCCGCUAAAAUCGUGAAUAACCGUUAAUCUUCCCUCUUUUAUUUAUUACUGUAAGAAUGUCAGAGAACAGCCAGUAGAAGCAGCUGAUUGGGAUUUAGCAAUGUUAAUUCAAUGUCUUUUAUACAAUGGAAGUUUCUUAUUGGAGGAAGGUAUUCAAAGGGACUAAUAUAUUGCAUUUGAUUUCAGUGGUUCCUCUACUUUUUCUUUCUCUCAACCUUACGUCACCAGUGCAUGUGGCAGAAGCAAAUGAAACAUUGCUGGCAGUUAGCGCAAUUACAAACAAAAACGUCACUAAACCAUUCUUCCGAUUUGACUUUGGUGAUGGCACCGAUGUUCAAGAGAGUUUCCUUGAAACGGCUUUUCACAUGUACAGCUAUAUAGGGUACUAUUCCUUGCAUGUAGUGGCUUGGACCUUGUGCAAUACUAGCAUAUUAACUGGCAACGCCAACAUUUCAGUGCCGAAACCAGUUCGCAUUUUAAACAACGUAUCUCUUCAUAGCAACCCGACAGUGUUUGGGGAGACCACCCAAAUAACACUACUUGUUGAACAAGGAACAGAUUUUGAGUGCUUGUGGCGGCUGGGUGAUACUGCGAAUAAAACAACAUCAAGCAAUUUUCCAGGAGAAAUUGUUUUGAGACACACCUACUCAGCUUCUGUGACUUACACAGCAAUAGUCACUUGCAAAAACAGAAGAAGCGAGCUAUCCGUUUCUGAAACCGUACAGGUCCAAAAAGUUAUAAUGGGGCUAACAAUAAUUCCAAUUCCUCCUAUAUUGUUUGGAACACAGUUUAUGGUGAGAUGGCAAAUUAACGAUGGGACUGGUGUUUUAUACAAAGCAAACUUUUCAGAAGUUACUCUCGAAGCUGUUAAGUCAAAAAAUGAGACGCAUGGACAUGCAUUGGUAACACAAAACGAGUACAAAACUCCUGGAAUAUUUUAUGCCCAUGUCGCUGCCUCAAAUGCCGUGACGAAAUGGAUUUCCACAUCUCUUAAAUGCGCCAUUCUUCGAGAGGUUUCUCCGUUUGUGCCCGUUCUAAUUCAUCAGAGCAGAGAUAUAGAGAUCAAUGAGACAAUUUCAGUUUGGUUGACAGAAGUGAACUCGGGACCCAAUAUAAAUGCUUCAUAUAUGGUCAGUUUUGGAGACAACAGAAAAGUGGUGCAUACCCGUGAAACCUUUGUCAAUCACUCUUACAGUUAUCAUGGGCUUUACACUGUUAACAUCACAGUUGCUAACAAAGUUUCCCGAUUUAAUACCAGCAUUCUCAUAAAGGUCCAUAAGCCAGUGAUAAUGUUAGAGGGGGCCGUUAUACCCAAUCUCAUUGUUAAAGUCAAUGAUCAUGUCAACAUUACUAUGUUUAUCACGAAAGGGUCGGAUUUCUCGUGCCAUUGGCAGUUUGGUGAUGGCCACGAACUUUCACAAAAUCUAGAGGAUGAACUGUUUUACUUCAAAGAUUCAAAUUUGAGUGUCAAAAAAUUCACUAAUAUUAGCAUUUGUGCAAAACACGUUUUUGAGGAGGUGGGUAUUUAUGAAGUCAAUGCUGCAUGCCGAAAUCGUUGGAGUGAAGUGAGAGCCUCGGGAUAUACCACAGUUCAGAAGGAAAUUACAUUUUUCCAGGUUUUGCCUAUUAAACCUGUGAUUCUUGGCAAAACGUUCGUUAUAAACAUGACAGCAGAUGGUACAAAUGUAACGUUCAGAGUUCGUUUUGAAAGGAAAGACCUUUAUAUUGAAAAUCACAACUUCUACCAUUUGUGCAUAGUGACUUCAGAUAUUUAUAAGAAAGCAGGGCAGUACAACAUAACAGUAACCGCAAAGAAUUUGGUCACUCCGUCAUUUCUUUAUACACAAAUCCUUUACGUAGAGAUCCCUAUAUCUAACGUUAAUAUAAACGUGACCUAUUUAAAAGAUAACUCUCACCAUGUUGGUUAUGGCAGCGACAUGAAUAUCUUUGAAGUUGGAAUGCCAGUUGUCUUCAAUUCCACCGUUGGAAACGGUUCAAGUCUGGACAACAGGUGGUCUAUAAAUAAUGUUAAGGAACAUUCGACCAACCAAAUCAUUGCGCGUACUUUUAACACACCUGGAAUAUAUACAAUAUCGGUACUUGUUAAAAAUCGAGUGAGCCAAGUGGCUGCUGGCGCAGUGAUUGCUGUCCAAAGACGUCCCUGUGUCUCACAUGGUGGUUUACUGAAAUGCUCUUCUCCAAGGGUAAUGGGAGAAAUCGUUACCAUCCAAACAAACAUCAAAAUUAUUGGAACCAACUCGACCCUUCUAAUUGAGUUAGACAACAGCACAAGCUACUGCUAUGGACAUGUUGGCGGUUGCAAUGAAUUGGAAAAGGGCGAUCUUCCCAAAAGAGUGCAAUACAGGGGUGAGCUUGAGAAAGAUAUCAUAUUAAGGAAGGUUUUUAACUCUCAAGGAAUUUACAUCAUCAAUGCAAGCCUUGGCAAUGCAGUUUCAAGAGUAUCGACAUCCUGCGAAGUUGAGAUUCUCGCAAGACCUUGUAGGAAACCUAAGGUAAAAUUAAAGGACGCUGGUGACAUUCCAAACGAUGCAAAACACUUUUUAAGAGCCGAAGGUAUCGCCAUCGAGGCAGAUGUGGAUGUGUUUUGCCCCGAAUCCAAGGAAUCCAAAUAUGAAUGGGAGAUCUUACAAAAUGAUCCAAGGACGGGGACCUUCGAAUACUUUCAUGAUUUUAAUUCAAACAAAGAAGUUUCUCUGCGAGAGUUACAAUUAAGAAGGAGGGCAUUGCCUUUGGGAUUGUUUAAAGUACGUUUAAAAGUUGGAAUGGUUGAAGAAGAAUUAAAAGAUUUCGCCACUGUUGAUGACGGUUACAUCAGGGUAGUCCAGUCCCCGUUGAUUGCAAAGAUCACUGGAGGAAGUGAGAUUAGAAGGGGGUUUGGAUCUAAGCUAUCCAUUGAUGGCCUAGGCUCAUAUGACCCGGAUGUUGGACCAGGCACUAUUGCAGGUAUUCAGAUCUUUUUGCUUUCGCAUGAAACAUUUAUUAAUAAUACAAUGAAAGGGGCCAAACCCAUACUUAUAACUAUUAACCUCAACAAAACAAUAGUUCUAAUUUGAACUAGGCAACCAUAUUAUUUAAUAAAUGUACAAAAAUAAGAUAAAUAUUAAAAUGCUGAAUGUUUUGAUUCAAGCGAUUCGUUUUGCUUUCAAGCUCUCCUUUUUUAGACAAGGCAAAUAUAAUUUGUCUUUAUCCGUUCAAUCAUUUUUCAGUCUUUUCUUUUUAUAUCGCACUAGCAGCAAGUCAUAGCCUUUUGUUUAUUUGGAUUAUCUGAAUUUAAGUAAGUUCUCACUCCAUCUCGUAAAUCACCGACGUUAACGUCCUACAUUUCCGGCCGCAUAGACUACCAGCCACUGGCAUGUUAGGGAAAUCAGCCCGCGCUCCUUCCGAAAAGAUCCUUUCCCCUCGGGGAGGACCGAAAAUCGAGCCUAAGGCUUACUAUAAAAAUUUAGUCUUUUAUAAUCCAAACCGGUGAACGGAUAAGCUCAAUUUCAUGUUCCUUUUUUUAUGGUUUUCCAGGAAUAGAGUUCACCUGGUUUUGUAGAAAUACUACCGAAAGUUUUCCGAAAAUUAUAACAGAAGCGAUCAAUGGUGUGGUUAAUGUUUCAUCGGAAGAGUUAACUGCAUUGCCUCCCAACCCUGAUCAAGGAUGUUACAGAGACGGGCAGUAUCUUCUUUCUAAAACGGCCUCUCUUGAAUUAACCACAAGUCAAAUGGUGCAAAAUGAGACCUACGUGAUCGAAAUGGUAGUAACAAAGGGGAAAAGGACAAGCUCGGCUACUCAGAAACUCGAAAUUGGUCCUGAAAAUCUUCCGACGCUCACCAUAAGGUAAGAUCAUUACCCGUGGGAGAGCACUGAGGUACAUUUGGGUAGAGUUGUGCUGCCGAGGCCUUCAAACCCUGACCGUGUUUAAGACAAGAGACCCCAUUUAAUUACCCAGGGCCGGGUUGUUCAAAGCUGGGUUAAGAUAACCCAUGGUCGGUGCGACAUUUGAAUUCAGAGAUGAAAGCUGAAAAAGCAAAAUUCAGUUUAAUUCUUUUCGUCUACGAGGUGACUAUUGGAUGCUAUAAAACGGAUAGAGAAAAUCAUUCGAGAAAAUGCUUUCGAACAAAAGAAAAAGAAACCCGGAUAAAAAUUUAACCUCCGGUUGGCGUUAAUCGAUCGUAUUCGAAUCACUGGGCCCUGAUUCAUUUCGUUUCGCAUACAGAAUAUAGAGUUUGCUUAUACUACGAUUGGAUAUUGAUUGGAAACAAAUUGUAUUAAAGUGCCACCCAUGUAGACAGCUACUAGCCAACCUUUACACGCCCUUUAAAGGCUUCCUGUCCAAACAGACACCCUGUUUAAAACGGUAAAUAAUUUAAUUGUAUGCCCUGUUUAAAAACCAUACCCCCGUUCCAUACCCCGUUCAACGGAACAUACCCGUUAUGGCCAAAUAUGGCAAUGUUCCUCCCCCGGAGUUAAAUAUACGGGAAAGCAUAUUGUCUUACACCAUCCUGUUUAGAAUCUCUUUGGUGGUGUUUGAUUGGUAGCGACGUCUUUGAUGAUGGAGACGAGAUUUCCUUUUAAAUAAUUUUUAACCAGAUUCAAUUCGGUAGAAUUGUGUUUGUGACUAGAUACACGGUUGAUUCCGGACUUUCUAUUACAGAAACAGAUCUAAAAUUCGAAGUCUAUGUCGUGGGGUCAAUCUUAAUUUACUUUUCUUUUUUUUUUUUGGGGGGGGGGGGUCGGGAAUUGGAGACUUUGUUGGAACCUUGAUAUAACUAGGGUUCAUGGAAAAUAGAUGUGUUUUUUAUAUUAUUGUUGGUCUUGGUGUAUGUGUUUGUUUUUUGGUUGUGUGUUUAUGGGAGUUUUUUUUUUUUUUUUUUUAUUGUUUAGACUUUAUAAUUAUUGAAUUUUUUUAUCUGGUGUCCUAAUUUUUUUGUUUUUUUUUUUUUUUUUGUGGGGGGUGGCGGGGACGGUAAUGGAUGCUAGAGUGGAACCUCGAUAUAACGAAGGCUCAUGGGACUGGCAAAAUAUGUUCGCUAUAACGAGGUUUCGUUAUAUCGAGGUUCCCUUUCAUAUAGUUGCCGUACAUAAAGAAAAUCGUUCGUUAUACCAAGGACUUCGUUAUAUAGAGGUUCGUUAUAUCGAGGUUCCACUGUAAUGAGUUUAAACCAAAGGAAACUAAGAUUUGAACCAACGCUGAAGUUGAUCUACAAUAUACAUAGCCGAACAUAUUAUGCGAAAUAGAAUAGUUUUGAUAAAUGCGACAGAGAAAAAGAUGUCUGUUUUUCUUUUCUUUUUGUUCUUUGCUUUUUCAAGGUGCGAGGUUAACUGUGGAAGCAAAAUGAACCCCUCAGAUAAACUCUCCCUAUCAACUCAGUGCAAAGGAAUAGGGUGUGUAACCCAGAUUAUGUAUUCCUGGUCUUUGUUCGUCUUGGAAGGCCGCGAAAAUGGAGAAACAACAUGGCGGCGUGAUAAUAUGACACUACCAGCCCUGAAAAACGCCACAUCAAGUGCUUAUCCAAACAUUGUGAUAAAGAAAUAUAGCUUUCAAGGAAGUAGAGAUUAUAAGUUGGUUAUCACUGCAACGUUGCCUGAUGGUAAUUACGGUAGAGCUGCUUACACUUUCCUAACAAAUGCUGCACCCACGGGUGGUACCUGUGACGUCGAACCACGUGUUGGUCACGUGUUCAGUACGCGCUACUGGUUCUGGUGUUGGGGAUGGAGUGAUCCCGAUGGACCUUUUCAUUACGAGAUCGUAAACGCCCAACAGUCUGAGGAAUUUCUCUUGUAUUACGGAAGAGAAGCAAAUACCUCGCUUUUACUUCCUCUGGGAAAUGAGGACAAUAAUUACACGUUAGAGAUUGAUGUUCGUGUUUUUGAUAGACUAGGCGCUGCAACGACCGUUAAUCUCCAAAUUAAGGUACCAAACACUUUUUUUCCUUACAACUAUAUGUUUGCUUCUUUUAGCGAAAUCAUCUGUUAAUCCUUCUUUGAAUUCACCUAAUUGGUUCAAUUGGGAAGUUUAAAAUUUUUACGUUUGCAGACUACGCAAUUAAAAUAGAUUGCAGAUUACACAAUUAAAAUCAGAAUUAGAAUUCUAUUCAGUACUUCAGUGGUUUAAAGCCAGUUUAACCAGAUUUCAUUGUUUCGCCCGGUUUUAAACUGUAUUUUUAACAAACCGGCAUUGUACGCUGCAAUAAAUUCGCCCCGAGUAGAAAACCGAUUAUCUAUUUCAUCGAAGGCCCAGUAAUGCCUUCAAUCGCGGUCUCAGUUUCUGACUCAAGACCCACGAGAAACCAAUAUCAGUGUUCUCCCAACAACAACGAUGCAUUUUCAAGAGAACCAGUUAUGAGUGAUACGAUAAUCAACUAAGAGAAAGUGCUUUGAUCAUUUUCCAAAUUUUCUAAAUUCUUUAAGGGAAAUUAAGGAAAUCGGUGUGGAGAAUUUGUACGUGGAUAUUGGGCAUUAUGAUAAAUAAUCGGCCUUUAUGCUAAUACCACAAAUGACGAGUACCCCCUUUACCACUAGCUACCACUUGUAUCGCGGCUGGUAGCUAAGUAAUCGAUAAUAUUGAAAAAAAAAAGGUCCAGCAAACCGCUAGGAUCACUACGAUAGCUUAGGAGACCAUGAGGAAGCCACUCUUAAUUUUGUGAUUCAUUAUGUGAUUAUUUAAUUUUUCUUCCUAGUCCUUACCUUCCCUAGUCAAGGGUACUGAGCUGCUGAGUCAGCUAUCAAAUCUUACAAGUGGACAGGGCAGUUCCUUAGCGGCCUCAGUGAAAUCUGGAAAUAGCCAAGAGGUCGCAUUAAUGAUUGUGAGCAUUUGUUCAGUUUUAAAUCAUCAAACAAAACUCGGCUAUGGAGGAGAAGCUGUUCACCUUGCAGAAAAACGAAAGGUAGAGAAAUUCGUAAUCACUACCAUUAGAUAUGAACUACCGUUAAAAUAUUGUGGAUAACUAGACGCUAUUUUGUUAAAGCGAAGGAAACAGCCAUGAACUAUAGGUGACCCUUAAGAGUAUGUCUUCAGGCCCUGUCCCCUGUGAAAUUAUAUGAAUCAUACUUUCAUUCAAUUCCACCCUCGGAGUCCACUAUAUUUCUAAACUGGCUUUUUCUCCAAAAUCUGUUUAUUCCUUUUCCCUAGUUUUGAGAGUCCCAGUCAAUCAUUCAAUCAAUAGAUGAACAGUUUCGAAAUGUUUUUAUAGAAGGAGUCUGAUAACCCUCACACAACCUGCGUUAGAAUAAUCUAAAUUGCUUUAUUUUAUGUAGAGCUGAACACAUGUGUCCGCACUGUUUAAAGCAAGUAUUUGACAGUGCUUUUUUAUUUCGUUUUCUAUUGCUUCUGUAACGUAAAAGGUGCGAAGCUCUUUGAUAUUGGCAAUCACUUACGAAAGACCUACCUCUCAGCAUUCUGCCAAGCUUAUUUCAGGGUCCCUGUAUCAGGCCACACAGGUUACCAGGGAAAUAUCGCUGGAUGCACAGGUAAAGAACUCUGACUUCUAAUUAGUCUGUCUCAUGAAGGGUUUCUACAAAAGGCAUAAUUUCUUGAUUAAUCACACAGUUCGAACUGAACGGAGUAGAAUGUUUUAGAAAUAUGGUAGAUCGAAAUAACUUGACAUCUUCCUCUAAGGCAAGGUCGAUACAAGCCUAAUGACCAUUUUCACUUUGCUCAUGAUACACCUUGUUUAUCAUCCCCCCCCCCCCCCCCAACACGGUGCGAACAGAACGGAGUAGAAUGUUUUAGAAAUGUGGGAUAUCGAAAAAACUUGACAUCUCCCUCUAGGACAAGGUCUAUAAAAGCCUAAUCACCCUUUUCACUUUGCUCAUGAUACCCCUUUUUUAACACCCCCCCCCCCCAAUUUUGCGAUUGUUCCUGGGUAUUACAGUAUUCCCAAGGGAAAUUGAAGAUAAUUCUCAUGCACAGGAGUAAACAAGGUUCAAAAUGGGCAAUGGGCAAAAUGGUGAACUUACAUGUUGUUUAUUAACGCAUAGAAAUGUUUGUGACUACGCCUGUCUAUACGAGAAAGAGAUUUAUUUCGUUUUUUAUACCGACUACUGAUAGGCAAUGAUAAAGGUAGUGUUCCGCGUAGGACUUCGCUACAGAUUGUGACGAGGCCACAUGAAAAUCGUCAGUAAACGCACAUGUUUUUAUGCAAAUUCACCGAAUUAGUAUUGAUAUCUACAGUGAAGCCAAGGCAAAACCCUUAACUGAACGAAGUUGACAGAUUGCCGCAAUUACCAGUCAAUAAAUAAAAGGAAUGAGCAAGCGCCCGACAUAAAACAACACACAUACUUAAAGAAUACUUACAAAUAAUACCUUUACAUAUCUGUCUGGUUAUCUUUCUUUUCCAGGAGGCCAGUACAUCUGCUUUAACAAGCAUUGCUGCUUUUGUGGACCGUGAAUCAAAAGAAACUUCGUCUGGCUCAUUGGAGUCUCUUGCGUCAACUAUGUGUGGUGCACUUGGAAACUUACUGGGCGCCGCAUCAGCUGUCAAUAAAGCUAACAUCACCAAUCAGGGCGUGGAAAAGCAAAGUGCGACUGAGAACAAGCAAGCUAAAGUACUUUGUGUUCAUUUCAAUAAUUCGUAACAUAAUAUUGUGAAUUGUUCUUAAAUGCUUUUGAGCUGUUUUCAAAGGUACUCCACGUUAAACAGCGUAGGAAUAUAGGAUAUUAAACAAGGCCGCCAGGAUGCGUAAAACGAAUGCUGUUAGUUAAGGUAGUAACUUGAAGAUAUUACGUUGGUGCUGGCUGUUGAUUCUUUAAAUAACCCUCAGUUAAGGCACUGAGCAUUGGCGUCCAUAAUGUUAUCCUGUACUCGGCGAUUACAACGUUUCAUUUUGAAGAUGAAAUACUUACCUAUGACAAUUUCAGUGGUAGUUCCUCCAUAAUACAUACCUAGAAUGACAAAGUCUAUUUCGCGAGCCGGUUCAGUGGAAAAGGAAAUGAACUGGUUAGUAAAGCUAUUCGAUACUCCCUUUUGUUUUGUUGCCCUCAAGCCUGGGAAUGGUCUUAAAGGUCUUUAACGUGGCUGCUUAGCUUCUCACUAAGUUGAUUGCAAUACAUUAGACCAUUUGAAUCACUGUUUUUUCUAGGGUAAAGCAAUGGUGAAACGUUUAAUCAACGCUCUAGACUCUCUGACCACAUCACUGCUUAGAAGUAAGGUUUCAUUUGAAGAAGCAUCAGAGUUUUCAACCCCGAGACUCACAGUCAACUUGAAAAGUUUCACAGUUUCUGAUGGUGGCGGUGAAGUGCGCGUAGGUUUCGCAAAUUUCAAAUUGCCGGGAGGAAGCAACAUGUUCCGUAAAGGAAUGCUGGGACUGACAUCUGUCAAUCAAAAGGUAAGUAGCGUUAGUCACCUGCUUGGCAACCGAAGAAUAACGAUGAUGAUGACGACGACGAUUAUGACGUUGAUGCUGUUGUUUCUGAUGAUGAUGAUGAUUAAUGAUGACGAUAAUGACGAUGACGAAUCUAGGUUGCUAGACAAUUGAGGAUUUGCGCAAAAUACAGAAGGAAGAAUUUUUGUCGCCUUUUGGUUUGUCUGUUAUCCUCUACUAAAAAACUUAAGCAAAUUUACAAUUUCGACCCGGAUUGUCACUAAAGAGAAGAAUUUCCUUUCUUGCGGCUCAAAUUUUAUACUUAAUGCACCAGGAUAAACCAACUCCCACAAUUUUAAUAAAGCGAUCAAAAGGAACACGCGACUUAAUUCAAAAUUAUGCAAAUUUUCUCUUCCGUCAUUCUCGUGGCUUACGAGGCAAUAUUCUACCAAAAAGACGAGAUUACUUGCAUCGCCUUACCUUUUAAAAAUUUAUUUAAAACCUUAAAAGGUUUUAAAUAUAAUUUUUGCGAUAGGUAAAAUGGUAUUUCGCACAUCAUUAGUUUCGCUGGGUGCAUUUCUCUUUCCAGGUAUUUUCAAUGACGCAAAACUACUAUACCUACAACAACUCAUCCCGAGACAUAAGUAGUCCUGUCGUGAGUUUGUCAUACCAGGACAAGAGCAACGAAAGACCUAUAACAGUUUCAAAUCUCAACAAGCUGAUUGAAUACUUUUUACCGGUCCGUGCAAACCUGCCUGAAUCACAAGUGUUUAAUGUAAGUGUGAGGGAAGAAGUUACGUGGGUGUAUCACAAGCUUGUAAUUACUUCGAAAGACGAAUCAGUCAGCAUCGAAAUCACCCCUUUUAACUGUAGCCACAAACUUCAGAUCUUCGUGCGAGAGAAUACGAAACCCACUAAGGAGAAAUAUUCUUGGAGAAAACAGACCUGGAAAUCUUCAAGUGGAGGUCGCGCAGACACUAACUACACAGGUUGCUUUCAGGAGUAUGGUGCAUACACACUCUUCUUGUCAAAUAUGGAGUUACGAGAAACCUCUUACAUCAUAGGUGUACUAUACGAAGGCGGAAAGGAAGGGAUUUCGACGAUGAACUCCAACGAGACUCUUGUGAUGAAAUAUUCUAUAAGAGUAUAUAAAGCAAAAUGUCUUUACUGGAAUCAACAACAGGAAGCAUGGAUGGGAGACGGAUGCAUUGUAAGUGCCGUCUAGUUGUUUCUUAUUUUCUUUCUAAUAGUGUUAUUGUUGUGUAAUGUUUAAAACACCGGUUGGAAACUCCAGCGCACAUUAGAACAUUAAAGAACAUUAAACCAGUAAUAAGAACAUGCUGUGAGUGUUUUUAAAUACUCCUUCCCCGGAGUAUUUCAUUUCAACACGAUUGCUAAAUAACGCAUGAAAAAUGACAAAAAAGCAAACAAAAUAACAAAGCUAACGGUCAGAUAAAGUUAUGCACUUAAUACAGUUACAACUAGCAAGUGAGAAAAAUGCUCGAAGAGUAUCGCUAAACCUAACGAUAAAUGAAUCUGGCAUAAACGACGAGUUUAAGCAAAACUUUGUGACGAAGUACAAAUUGCAAUUUUUUUUAAGUGAAAAAUUUAGUAUAAAGCUCAUUGAUAGAGAUCACGGUGAAUGUCUUAUAGUGCGUAAUCCAUCCUUUAUAUAGAGGGGGAGAAGGGCAAUAACUAAGUAAAGUUUGUAAAUUGUGGUUUGAAAGUACUUUCUGAAGAAGAAGCCUUUAUUUGCCUAAAGAAUAUUCAAAGUUAUGGCCAAACAUGUGUGUUUAUGAAAAAUCUCAUUUCUCGACUUUUCCUUCUGUUGAGAUAUACAUUGAACGAACUUUUUUAAUGUGAAGACAAAAACAUGUCGCUUCUUUACUGUUUGUAGGUUGGACCCCUUACGAGCUCCAAACAAAUUCACUGCCUUACCAAUCAUUUAACAACAUUUGGGUCUGGAAUGCUGGUCGCGCCUAAUCCUCUAGACUUCAGUAAAGUAUUUGCGGGUUUCAAAGAAGCCUUUCAAACUGGAAAUGUGGUUGUGCUUUUCACUAUUCUGACUUUGCUAGUCGUGUAUGCCUUGUUAGCCGUAUGGGCUUGGAGACGAGACAGACUGGAUUAUAUGCAGGUUGGAACGCCACUACUGAUAAAUCACACUAUCGUUUCCCGGUAUCGUUUUCAAAUCUUUUACCUCAGCACUUAUCUCCAGAAAUGCAAGAAAACUCGGAACUUACGUAAUUCAUAUUAGACAUAAUUGAUUUCCUAAUGGCUUCAUGUAUAAACAGAAUUGCUUGAGUUUAGGUCGGAGGAUUAGGGCUUGUGGACACAAUACUUUCAUCGUCCAUAAAAAAAAAAUUUCAAAAAGGACGAAAAGGGAAAAUUGGAAACUUUUGAGACAUAACUACUUGAGCUACCGCCUCAUUUGUCAUGUUUGUUGCCAUCCAAAAGGAAUUAUCUGGCCGGCGAAUUUGAAAAACUCCUUUCUAUUUCCUCUAUUUAAAAGGGCCAUUUUGGUGAAGAGUGGAUUAGGCCUUGGACAAAAAGAGUAAAAAAAAAAAAUUACCUUUUACAUCAGUUCAUUGUGAUCAUGCCCAUUGUUUACGUGGGAAAGGUUGUAUUUUCGGCGAUGUAUUUUCCUCCCUAGUUCCAGUAGUUCAGGUAUUGGAGUGUGACAGUAAGUCAAAAAGUGGGAAAUGAAUCCCCUCGCUUUUUUUCCCGAUCAUUUCUCUUUGCGCUGUCCUCACAAUCUAAACGCUUGGAACAGGCUACCUCCCAAAGAUAGUUCUAAAGACAUUUUUGCGUUCAGGCACUUACCUCGGUUUUCAGGCUUUAACGGGCCUGGCUUGCUGCAAACACCUAAAAUCCUUGUUCGCUACCAUUUACAUUUUAACAGAUUGGCACCACUGUCGUUCCAUCUCACCAUAACGGCGAUUACCGCUACGAAAUCUACUUUGUCACCGGAAGUCGUAACAAUUCCGGUACAACCGCCAAUGUAGGUUGUGAGAUCUUUGGGAAAAGUGGCAGCAGUGGGCCGUGUUACUUGAUUGACGCCAGGCGACUGCUGUUCCGUAGAGGAGAUUUGAACGUUUUCGUCCUGUACUUGCCGAGUUCUCUUGGUGCCAUCCGUGGACUAAGAGUUUGGCAUGAUAACAGUGGCAAAAAUCCGGCCUGGUUCCUGAAAAGGGCUAUGCUUCGCGACUGUCAGACUGGAGAAAAAUGGUUCUUCCUUACUGGUAGGAAUGCGCAAUUCUGUUUUACGCUAAAUUUUAUGAUUUCAUAUACGAAACCCAAUCUAAACAACAACUUAAAUAGAAAGCUAUUAAACGAUUGUCCAAAAAUUCGGGUUUGAAAUGCAACUUAAGUGCAGGGGAUCAACCACUUAGAUCGAUCAAACCAAACGAGGUUAACAUAUCACAGUUUUUCGUACGGUAUAUUAAGGAAGACGAUGUGAACUGCGUGUAUACAAUGCGUGGGUCUUCACAGCUCAGUUGGGAGAGUACUGCAGCGCUAACGAAGAGGCUAUGGUUUCAAAACGGUUUUUUUGUUGGGGUUUAUUUGCAAUUGCUUAAAUUGCUAUUACAACUGCGAAAAUCGUAUCUUCAUUUAAAUAUUAAGUUCUGUUUAUCAUAUUUUGUUUUCUAGCUCGUUGGCUUGAUGUAGCGGACGAAGACGCAAAAGUAGAUGUAUUUCUGCGUCCCGCAAGCGAAGAAGAUAUGGUAUCUUUCAAGAAAAGGUUGAACAGAAAAAUUCAUGAGGGGAUAUGUGACAAUCAUCUAUGGUUCUCAGUAGCAUAUCGCCCUCCUAGAAGCCAAUUCACGCGGCUUCAAAGAAUUUCUUGUUGCUUGUCUCUGCUGUUUUCCUUCAUGGUCGUUACUGCUAUGUUUUACGGUUCUGACCCUCAACCGGGAGAUACGUCUAAAAACUUGGAGGUGGGACCGAUUAAAGUUAAUUUACGUACUGUGAUCAUAGCGAUCGAGAGCGCAUUAGUUGUACUGCCUGUCAACCUCUUGAUUGUGGCUUUGUUUAGAAAAUCUAGAAGGAAGGAAUUUAAUUCUUCCCAGCCAAAGGAGAAUUGCUGUAGACAAAACGUUUCCCAGUCACCUGAGCAGGUUGAUGAUACUGAUUCCAUACGUACUGAUACGGAUAGUUUAGUGGGAGUUGUUGAAAAUAAGGACCAAGAAACGGACCUCCACGAUAUCCAGUGUCAGAUCGAUGAUGAAGUUGAACUUCACAGUGAACCAGACGAAAAUAGCAGUAAAAAUCACGAUAAAACCGACUUAAAGUUACAGGAUGAAUCUAGUGGUUUCUUUGCAAGAAUUCGUGCAAAAUUCAAAGGCUCUGGAGGCAGCCGUUCACACUGUUUUCCACACUGGUGCAUUUACUUGGGUUGGACUUUGUGCAUAUUGAUGACACUUACAUCUGCCGCGUUCACACUGUUUUACAGCAUGAUGUGGGGGAAAGAGCAGUCUAACGUUUGGCUAACGACUAUGGCCAUCUCGUUUGUCCAAGACACACUAAUCAGUCAGCCACUGAAGGUGCUUAUUGUCUCCUUGGUCUUUGCAAUAGCUGUCGCAUCGCCCAGUGGUCAGGACGAUUUAGAAGAAAUAUCAGCCGCCAUGGGUAAGUACGAGAUACAUUAAAAUUGACAAGUUAGCAUUAAUUAAUGAAAUUUUUAUAAUUGGGAACAUCAUCACACUUCUUUGCAUGGACUAAAUUUCUACUUCUAUUUUUAUUUCAUUAAUCUUAUCGGCUUUAACGGCAUUAAAUUUUCCCAAGUCGACACUCGUUUCAUCCUAGCUAAUUUGUUUUAAAAUAAACAUAGUGACUUUUAGUGCACUCUGGAAUAUUUCAUUCUCCCCCAGUUUUCGCAGCAACGGUUUGCUUUUGCAACAAAAUGUGACAGUUAAGCUCUACGAAAGGCGUAUGAUAGACUACUCAAGAGAACACUUUUCUUCGUCUAGUUUAAACGUUUUUAUUCCACAACAGACUGACUCACAACACUUUCUUUAUGUACAAAAGAAAAACAGGUUCAGCGAGAGAAAAUCUAAACGGCGCGGAGAUCUGACCCUUUGGUCCCGAUUAUUACUGAACUGGCCAUUUUAUUAAUGUUUCACUGACUAACUGUUUACCUCAUCUGAUCAUAGGGGCCGACCAGGCAGUUUUCGACGAACAGCUGAGACAUGAAGAUUGGACGCAGUACAAUGCGCCUGAUAAGAAGCUCUUGAAAUCGCUGCGAACUCGAGAGCUUAGAAGACGUCACACGAUCAAACUCUUCACAGACUUCUGUGUUUACGUUAUUUUGCUCACAAUGGUCAUCAUCUUAAGCUUCCAGUACAGAAACCCAGACUCGAACAAAAUGAUCGAUGGUUUGAGGCGAAUAUUUCUAGAUCCGGUUCACAACAGUAGCUAUGUUCGCCUAAAUCAGGUAAGCUAAAACACCUGUUAAACUUAUGUUUAUUACAACUGUUAGUUGCCUGCCCCUCUAGCGAAACAACAAAAGGCGUUCAACCCAUUAUUACCUCACGUACGAGACAAUCUUCGUAGUUUCUUCGGUGAUUCAAAACAAAGAGAUGGAAAAACUAAGGCUCGAGAAACGAGAAAACAAGAAUGCAAGUUGCCAAAAAAUACCUGUAUGCAAGAAACUUGUUCUUUUUGUGCUACUGCCCCACUGUCCUAGUUUGCAUCUCAAUUUUAAAAUUCAUCCAAAAAAUAGCGACUUAGCUGACACAUUUUUUUAUGUAAUACGUGCUUGCAGGGCUAUAUGUUGCACCAAAGUAAAGCAACACCUUAUUUGAAACGCAAAAUUUAAAUAACGUAUUACCAUAUUAUGCAAUAUCACACAAAAUAAGAACGCGCAAUAGAUUCCCAACUUUACUAGGCGGGUCAUGAGUGAGCAUUCGUUGAUGCAAGAAAGUUGCAAUGAAAUCCCAAUUAUACCAAAGGCCGCUUCGCGGCCCGCCAGGAUAAUUGAAAUUAAAUAUUAUUCUACAUCUAUGUAUUCAAAGGUGACAAAGAUAGAUUCCAUCUGGGCCUGGACGAGAAAGACCUUGUUACCCUGCUUGCACCCAGUAUUACAUGAUGGGAGUGGUGAAAGUGAGCCAUUUAUUGCCGACAGAGUGUCACUGCUUCUGGGCGUGGUGCGAAUACGGCAAGUUCGCAUACAAACAGGUAACUAUUGAUUGUCAAUUUACAGUUUCAAGGAACAGCGAAAACUUUAUUUGCAAGUAAAAGAUUUCCCAGGAGUUCCACAAGCUGCUUCUUACGAAAUAUGCAAAUUUCACUAAAUUAAAGGAAUUAUAUUGUGUUGCACUCCGCUUUUCUCAGGUACCCUUUCAUUGAAAACUUAUUCUAGUAUUUACACACUAGAACAAACUCUAUUAAGGCUAACUAUGUUGUUCAUUUAAGGUACUUGUAAAGUGAACAAGUUCUUUAAAGGUGCUAUCUCGGAAUGCAACGACUUCCAUUCGCUUAUGAACGAAGAAACAAAGUGUUAUACCGAAGGGUGGAAGAAUGCAAGAGAGAAACCAACCGAGACAGAAAAAGGAAAGUUAUUCGCCUUUUUAUCGUCACAGUCAACUCACGUUCACACUUCUUGGGAGCAUGUUAACGCCUUCGAAGCUCAUCAUAUACUACCAGUUAUCGGGACAUUUUCAACUUACAGCGGAGGUGGAUACGUGUUGAAUUUGAACAGAAGUUCGGAACAGUCUAGGCUUAUUGUGGAUCGUCAUGAGAGAUCGUCUUGGUUAGAUAAAUACACCAGAGCGGUGCACGCCGAAUUUGUUGUGUACAAUCCCGCCAUUAAUAUGUUGGCAGCUAUGUCCAUCACGUUUGAGAUUCCGCCUAUAAGCGGAAUAUUCAAAAGUUAUGAAGUCUUCACAGUGAGCAUGUACAGCUCCUUGCGAAAACAUCCAGCCGCCAGAAUAACUGGCGAGGUGAUCGGUGCUCUUACAUUGGUUUUCAUGAUCUAUCGUGUUGUUCUGACUCUAUUCCACGACAAGUUGCGGUAUUUUACAGACCUCGCCAAGGUUUUGGACCUUGUUUUAGUUCUCACUGGGGUUGUCAUUAUUUUUCUGAAAGUACUAACAGAGGGUUUCAAGAAACUAGCCACAAACCAAUUCAAGGAAAACACACAUCAGUUCCUCGAUUUCUACCAAUGUGGCUUCUACGAUGAGCUGACCGACUAUGCCUUCGCUCUCCUCAAUUUUAUCGCUAUUGUUCGGUUUGCUGUUUUCAUCCAGUUUCUAAGUUGUUUAACUCAAAUUCUGAGGACCAUCGCAAGAUGUUUUCAUGAGCUGGUUGCUUGCCUAUUUGUCUUCUUCUGCCUGAUGAUGGCAUUUUCGUCAAUGUUAAAACUUGCAUUCAACACAGACAGUGAAGAUUUCAAGGACUUCUCCAAUUCAUUCCAAACCUCCGUUUCGUACAUGGCUCGGAUGGUGAGAACAUCCGAUGAUAUUUCAAGCACCUACACAAUCGUGAGGGCAUUUGCCUUAUUCUCCUGCUGCCUAACAUUGAUUUUCUACUACCUAACCAUUAUAAGGUCGGUGUUUAUAGUAGGCCACCGGCAAACGCUGGUGGAUGAUCGAGGAAGAGCAAAAGAAAACUCUUUUGAAUCUGCUAUUUUAGAAAUAUUUGUGGACAAAUUCCAAGAAAUGACAGGAAUAGAGAAGAAGGAUAAGGAACUUGAAGAGGAAGAAGACCCUAAGGAAGUAAUGUUGAAGGCUCAAAGAAAUUAUAUCGAUAAAAGCCAGUUUGUUAGGCUUCAAAACCUUAUUAAUGAAGCGUACGUGGAAGACGUUAUCGACGACUUCAGGAUCUUCGAGGUAAUGAGUUUAGAGAGUCAAACUUCGUCGAUGCUUUUGGAACACGUUGACAUCGAAGCUGAGGAUGAUUCUUUGAUUAAAAAACAGGAAAUGAAGCUAAAACGCAAAGAAGGCAAAAUCUAUCAAGAAAACGCAGGGAAUGAUGAGAUAACGGGGAUAUCUCAUGUCAGAUUCGAUCUUCCAUCUCAAGAAAUCGACACAACACCACCUGAAGAAACCAGUGCAGACACCGACAAAAUACAACCUAUCACACAAAAAGAGCAAGAGAAGCUGAGCAUUCUCGAAAAACUAGUACAGGAAAAAAUGAAGACUUUACAGGAGCAACGCAGAAUCGCGCAAAAUCCUCGGGAGUCUCGUUCUGUGGAACACGACAUUCAAAUGCUUGCAAAAUUGCAACAAAGGAUUGAUGCUACGAAACGG